AUGUGCUAAAAUACUCCCAUUUGUCGCUGGAAAUCGAACUUAGCUGAACACGAAUGGCUCCACCUCUUCCUCUGAUGUUUCUGCUCAUGAUUCCAUGGGUUUAUAGUGCUGAUGAUUGGGGUGUGAGUUACAGCUCUACAUACAUCUGUGCACUAAAGGGCUCAUCAGUGAUAAUGUCCUGCACUUAUAAAUACCCUCCUGGAUAUAAGAUCAUGAAAGCGUUCUGGACCACAUUGAUCACAAAUUGUGUGGAGCCUUCAGAUCUGUCUGAUGACCCUGAAUACAGUCAGAGGAUUCAGUAUCUGGAAGAUAAACAGCAGAACUGCACCAUCAGACUGAAUGAUGUGACACAGAAGGAUUCACACGAGUUCUAUUUCAGAUUCAUUACUGAUAAACCCGGUGGAAGGUGGAUUGGUGAACCUGGAGUGACUCUUGAUAUCACAGAUCUUCAUGUGGAGUCUCCUGAGAGUGUGACAGAGGGAGAUACAGUCAGUCUGACAUGUAAAAGCACCUGUAAUCUGACUGACAGAGCAACAUUCAUCUGGUUGAAAAACACACAGUCAUUAACUGAGAGAAACAAUAAACUCCUCCUGCAGUCAGUCAGAAGAGAGGAUGCAGGCAGAUAUAUCUGUGCUGUACACGGACACAAACUCACAUCACCUCAUGUUUAUCUCAAUGUUAGAUGAAGAAAAGACACAGACCUGAUGAUAUCAGACAAAAGCAGAAUGAUCUUUUUAACGUGACGAGGACGGUCCGAAUCCCUGAUGUCGUCCCUAAAUCGGCUGAUUGUGAUGAUGCUCAGUAUGCAACUGUUACACCCAAGUGGAGAGAUCAGACUGCAGGAAAAGCUCCUGAAUCCAGAGAUACUGAGGAGAUCCAGUAUGCAACUGUCCAACAUUACAAAAAAGAGAUGAAGAGACCAGAAGAGAUUGAAACCCAGUAUGGCAAUAUUAGGGUUCACCAGCCUGGUGCUGCUAUUGGAUCUGUUGUUCAAAUUGUGGAAGAUCAAGCAGUGAUUUACAGCACAGUCAAAUGAUCAAUGGAUCACUUUCGGAUCUUCAAACUUGGAUAGAAAAAUCCACAAACUUAUGGUUAAAUCCAGACACAGCAAGACUAAAUUCUUUUUCCCAAUUAAUAUUAAAUGUUGCAGUGUAGUGCCAUUUGCGUCUGAACCUUUUUUCCCCUUAUUCUUAAGUACCAAUGAAGUUCCUAUGACAC